AUGUCAGAGUGUUUAACCACUUAUAGAAAAGUACAAUACAAGACUAAUGAUAAUUUUAGAACUGAAAACGAGGCCGAAUUGUGGGAUUGGCUUGAUAGCAUUCCUUUGUCCAAGGCUAGAAAGCACUUGGCAAAGGAUUUUUCUGACGGAGUACUUUUAACCGAAAUCAUUCAUCAUUUUAAACCGCACUGGGUAGACCUUCACAAUUACUCGCCUUCUAAUGCAAGGCAUUGUAAAGAAGAUAAUUGGAGAUUAUUAAACUCACGAGUGCUUAAUAAAAGGUUCGGCCUUAAUUUGUCCGAUUAUCAAAUUGAAAAUUUAUCAGCUGGUGACACCGACAUGGUGGAAUCUUUACUACGUUUUAUCAAAAAAAAACUUGAGACACAUAAAUUUUACGCAUCACUUCCUCGUGCUUGUAUCAUACCAAACAAUAUCACUAAGUCUUCUUUAAGACAGCGAAAGGAUACCCUAGUUUUAAAAGACGAUGCCAAUUGUUUUCAUCCGUCAGAUCAAUGCCACUUAUACAAUUCUGUUUUAAAGCAAGCGUUACAAGAUGAAUUUGGGUAUGAAUUUAAUAGGCCGGAAUCUCAGUGGGAAAAAUUGUUACCUCAUGAAGAUUUACAGGAAUGGAAUGAUUUGAAAAAAAAAACUAAGAGCGUCCUAACUCAGCUUUUAAACGAAGAGAUAACUAUGAUUCCUUCGAUGGACUUUAGUCACAAUCAAGCUACUAUUAUACUUAAACAAUUUCAGCUACAAAAGCAAAAAAUCGAGUCCCUAGAAGAGCUUUUGAGACUUAAGGAUAUCAAACUUUGUGCUUAUGCGUCGUCUUGUUGAGAAACCUUGUUCCCCGACUAAUGUCAAUCAAUUUUAUUUAUCCAAACCGUUUUAUGGUCUUAUGCGUCUGUUGUAUGUCAUCUUUAACUUGGUUGCAAGCAAG